AUGUGGCUGCCCAGGGUUGACGAUGCCGGGCCCGUUGCUGGAUUCGCCGGUGCGGCGCUGCUCUUCGCGACGGUUGCGCACUGGCUGUCUUCGCCAGAGUCGGAAAUGUACUCGGAGGUGGUCUGCUGGGCGGUGCUACCGGUUGUCAUCAGAUCCCUAAAUAAGCCACAGCCGAACAGGUCGCUGUCGAGGCCUGUAGUCGCUGGCAAGUCCAGGACGACGUCUUCGACGACGGCCAUGCUGUGGGGUUAUGCUGCGAAUAUUGCCAUCUAUACGUUCUUCAAGACUGAGGCUGGCCUGAUCCAAUUCAUUCCUGCAUUGACCCCUUUGUUACUCACAGUCAAGAGAUACCGCGGGUCCGAUUCGGGUUCCAAACCUCCCGAGUUGGUGACUCCCCUGGUGAACACAUACUGGGGUCCCAUCCUGGCUGGUUCUUUCUGCGUCCUAACCUUCUCCGACUGGAGUAUUCGAGCAUUUCUGCUCUGUAUCAUCCCGACGUGUUUUCUUUUCAUUGUGUAUACUACUCUUUUACCAAGGGUUGAGACAUCUACACAUCUCCCGUCCAUCAGCUUCGACAAUGCCAUUCGUCCGCUUUCUGCGCGCGUCGUCAUCCUCCUGCUGUGCAUAUGGGGAAUAGACACAAUCUUUUUCGGAUUGACUGCGACUGUCCUGACCAGUACAUUCCUUAUUGGUCUUCUGAAAGCGUUGUCUUGGUACUUUGUCAUCCAGGUCGCCCGAGAUGCUUCUUGGGUUGCUGCUCCCCUGAUCAGCACCUUCAGCAUUUCGUUUACAAACAAUCCAAUGAACGAGUCAACCGACUUCCAGGCUAUCGCUUACGUCCUGGUUUCCAUCAUUAGUCUUGGCCAACUGAUUGCUCUCUUGCCGAGACAAGCCAAAUUGAGGCUCGCGCUAUGGGCGUUUGGCCUUGCAUCGUUGAUACCCCUUUUGCUAAACAUCUGGUUGAUCCGGGAUGCGCAACAGUCGGCAAAGGCAUUUGGCCCUCAGAAAGAGCACCCCGUCGAGACCCUUGUGCGCAGCGGCAAGGCGAACUUUAAGAGUCUGCUCCAGAGGCAGUCUGGCUCAUACGCAGAGGCUGUUGAGGCAUACCGGCGUCGAUAUGAUGCCGCACCGCCUCCGGGAUUCGAAGAGUGGUAUGAGUUUGCAGUUCGCCAUAACUCGCCCAUCAUCGACGAUUUCGACGCCAUUCAUCGUGCGGUUUCGCCUUUCUGGGAGCUCAGUGGAAGACGGGUCUCUGAGACGUUGAACCAGAUUCAUUUUGCGCAAAACAGUGAGAUGUGGUUCUGCAGCGUUGAUGGUGCAUCUGCCACGACUGACUGCACUCAUGCGUAUCGAACCUUUGACAGACAUCUCAAAUAUCUGCUUGAUAGGCUCUUCCAGGGCUUGGACGGCGCGCUUCCGGACGUCAAGUUCCUCGUCAAUCAUUUUGACGAGCCACGAAUCUUGCUUCCGACAUGGGGAGCGGAAGAGGCUCGGAAUCAUCCGCAGUUUAACAUCACUGACCUAUCGCGGCGACCGAUUUGGGACGAGAUUACAAAGUUCUGUGCCUCCAAGGAAGAAGGCAGCAAAGCAAAGGCAAAGCAAUCUUCCAUACAGACGUUUGGUCUGCCUUUCGUCACGGAUCAUCCUUCUGCGAUGGAUCUGUGCGAACAUCCAGAAUACCGCAACAUGCACGGCCUCUUCAUGAGCCCCGUGUCCUUUUCUUUGGUCGAGGGGCUUAUCCCAGCUCUGUCGACCGGCUCACCGUCGACAAUGGGAGAUAUCUUGCUCCCGAGUCCUGCAUAUAUUGAAGGCGAGUUUACAUACGACGACUCAAAGGAGAUUGGCUGGGAGCAGAAGCGCAAUAACCUCUACUGGGCCGGGUCCACGACCGGCGGCUUCGCUACGGAUGCGAACUGGUCCUCGUACCAACGGCAAAGAUUUGUGAAGCUGGCGCAAAAUCUUGAGCAUGGGCAGUAUUACUAUCUGCGAGAGAUUCGAGGCGUCAUCCAGCGCGUCGCUUCGUCGUUUUUAAAUGGCCGCCUAUUUGACGUGGCAUUCACGAGAAUCUUCCAGUGCGAAAGGAGGUAUUGUAGAGACCAGAGGAGAUUCUUCAAGCCCGCCGGCUGGGCAGACAAAGACAAGGCGCUGCGCUCGCGUCUCGUCUUUGAUAUUGAUGGAAACGGGAUCAGUGGACGUUACUACAAGCUGCUGGCAUCCAAGUCGGCCCCCAUGAAGCAGACGCUCCUUAGAGAGUGGCACGACGAUCGGCUUGUGCCCUGGGUUCAUUAUAUCCCUGUCAGCCAGAGCCUGGAGGAGCUUCCGGAGCUGGUGUUUUACCUGACGUCUACCGAAGCCGGGCAGAAGCGGGCGAGGGAGAUUGCAGAGCAGGGACGGGAUUGGUUCUUCAAGGCGUUGAGGGAGGAGGAUAUGGCGGUUUACAUGUAUCGCUUGUUGUUGGAGCUGGCGAGGCUUCAGGAUACGAGCAGAGAAGCGGGAUCUGCGUGA